UGAUAGGCUAUUUUAGAGAAGGAAGCUUUAGUGCCAUAUUGGGGUUAUAAGUCAAAUGGCAUUGGGUAAAGAUUAAGAGGGUGGUGAGAGGAUAGAUGAAGAGAGAGCACAUCCUUCCUUUUGUGAACCCAAGGUGAAACGGGAAGACACAGUUGAGCACAUUUAUACACUAAGGAAAAGGAGCCAACAGAGAGGAAGAGUUUGAAAUUACUAGAGUGACACAUUAACGGGGAGAGGUACUCACAGGGAAGAGAAGGUUAGGGUCUAGUGCACAGAUGGAGGGCUAAGCCUUGAAUAGGAAGGAGAGGGAAAAGAUGAGGCAAAUAUAAAUAAAUUGGUAGGUGGCAGAGUGAGGGUAGGGAGAUUAAGGGAAAGAACAAUAGAUGAUUUUUUUUGUUCUUCUCCUUGAGCCAGGAGUCAGGAAAUCACAAUCACCUGAUGAUGGGGACCAAGGUGGAGUAGGGCAGCCAUGCAGUGAUUCAAAGGAUGGUAUGGGCAGCCAAAUUCUAGCUCCACCAUUCACUAGCCAGGCGACUUUGCAUGGGGGAACUAUUUAAACUCUCGAAGCUCUGUUGGCUCACCUAUCAGUAAAAUGGGGGAAAUGACCAGUUAUCUCACACUGUGGUGACUGAGGUAGUGUCCAUGCAGUCCUUAGCACAGAGCCCCCCUGACUGAUCUCUGUCUCCAUUCUCCAACCCUCCUCCUCCCUUCCCUACCCGUCUUCCACAACACUGCAAGAGGGAGCUACCUAAAGUGCUAACUUUACCAUGCCAUUCUCUUAUUACAAAUCCGUCAGUGUCUCUUCUUGCUCAACAUAAAUUUUAAACUCCCCAGAGUAGCGCUCAAAGACCUCAGUGAUUUGGCCCCUCCCUUACUGCCUGGCAUUAUUUUCUACCAUGUCCUCUUUGCUGUGGUAACCCUGAAUCAUCAUAAUUUUCCUCCAAACUCCGUGUCCUUUCAAUCUCUGUGACUUUUCUCAUGGUCUUCCCUCUUCACAUAACUUUACAUGGCAAGCUAUUACUUAUUCUUCGAGGUUCAACUCAGGGUGGCACUUUGAGAAAACUUUUUCUGAAUUCCUAGGAAGCUCACCGUGUUUCCACAGCUCCCUGUGUUUAAAUUUUUCUCCUCAUUAUCUGUGUUAUAUAGAUAGAUAUUUUGCUUAAUUUUCUGUCUCCUCCCAAGUAGGUCCUCCAGAAGCCAUGGGAGGUGCUCAGUGAGGUUUGUUAAAUUGCUAGUCAGCUCAGUUACCAUUUUCCUUUUGAGAUGCAGAUCACAUUCUGAUGGUCAAAGUGGAACCUGCAGGAUCGGUUAUUCACAGCUCUUAACUGUUUACAACAACCCAAGACUAAGAUCUAUGGUGUUAAAGAGCUGGAACAACUCUUUUACAGAUGAUCUAAUCCACCUUCUCCCCAACUUAAGUUUUAAAGUGAUAAGAAAGAGACCCAGAGCAAGGAAGUAAUUUUACUGAGAUCACAUAGCAAGUAGGUGAAUGGCAAGAUGUUCUAACCCAUGUUUCCUGACUUCCUGACCAGGAUGCUAUCACUGCUCAUCCAGUAGAAAAACCUCCCCUACUCCAACUCUAUUCACCUUUUUUGUAAGAGAGAAGAGGUGAUUGCCAAAUCCUAUACACCAACACUCAGGUGUUUUGUUCUGGGCAUGGCAACCCCCAACCACACUGGUACCAGUCACUCGCUCUUCAUUCUUCUGGGCAUUCCUGGCCUGGAAGACCAGCAUACAUGGAUCUCUCUCCCAUUCUUUAUUUCCUACCUUGUUGCUGUCCUUGGGAAUAGCCUCCUUGUCUUCAUCAUCAUCACUGAACGCAGCCUCCAUGAACCCAUGUACCUCUUUCUCUGCAUGCUGGCUGUGGCUGACCUGAUCCUGUCCACUACCACUGUGCCCAAAGCCCUGGCCAUAUUCUGGUUCCACGCUGGGGAGAUCUCCCUUGAUGGCUGUGUCACCCAAAUCUUCUUCAUCCAUGCCACCUUCAUUGCUGAAUCAGGGAUUCUGUUGGCCAUGGCAUUUGACCGCUAUGUGGCCAUCUGUGACCCACUGCACUAUAGCACAGUGCUCAGUCAUACAGUAAUCAUAAAAGUUGGCUUGGCUGUGGUCCUGAGAAGCUUCUCUGUGAUACUCCCAGAUGUGUUCUUGGUGAAGAGACUGCCUUUCUGCCGUAGCAAUGUGCUACCACAUACCUACUGUGAGCACAUGGCUGUUGCCAAGUUUGCUUGUGCUGAUAUUCGUGUCAAUGUCUGGUAUGGCUUGUCUGUCCUUCUCUCUACUGUAGUGCUAGAUGCCCUGCUCAUCUUGGUUUCCUACACCCUCAUCCUCAAUGCAGUCUUCCGCCUUCCAUCCCGAGGAGCUCGGCAAAAGGCCCUGGGCACGUGUGGCUCCCACCUUGGGGUCAUUUCCAUGUUCUACUUGCCUGGCAUUUUUACUAUAAUUACCCAGCGGUUUGGGCAACAUGUUCCUCUCCAUACUCACAUUCUAUUGGCCAAUGUCUGCAUGUUAGCCCCCCCCAUGCUGAACCCCAUCAUUUAUGGGGUCAAGACCAGGCAGAUUCGAGAACGUGUGGUGAGUACUUUGUCUUCAUAGUGGAAACACUGCUGAGUUUGUGUGACUGAUCAGGUGGUAUGUUUACCAAUGUAGGCUCUCACAUUUUCUUUGCCCACUUUGUAGAUUUAUGAACUAAGGGUUCUGCUGACUGUGAACAAAGUGAUUUGUCAUGAUUUUGAUAGACUGCCAUGUUACCUUGAGAAAAGUAGUAUUUAGAAAAGAGUUUUUGGAUCAGAAUUAGAUUUGAAUCCUGGCUUCACCAAAAAUGAUGUGUUUGACCUUGGGGAAGUUACUUAUUCUCUUAGAGACUCUUCUUAGCACAUGUAUAGGGUCCCUAUCAUCAAACCAGGCUAAAUCAUAUUGAACAAUGAGAAUUAUUUCCUAUAAUGAACUUAUCUGGGACGUUGUAGUUAAAACAGCUAGAAAGAAUAUAUGUUAAUUUAAUCAUAUAUGCAAUCGAUAGUAAAAAGAAAACCGCUUUGUAUUAGAAAUGGGACCAACGGAACAGAAUAUAGAGAGCACAGAAAUAAACUCAUGCAUAUAAGGUCAACUAAUCUUUGAUGAGGGUGUCAAAGAAUACAAAAUGAUAGUCUUUUGUCCACAUGCAAAAGAAAAUGGAUUCAUCUUACACCAUAUAUAAAAAUUAACUAGAAAUGAAUUAAUGACUUAAUAAGACCUGAAACUGUAAAACUCCUAGAAGAAAACACAGGGAAAAGCUCCUUGACAUUUGUCUUGGUAAUGAUUCUUUUGGAUAUCACACCAAAAGCACAAGUAAUAAAAGCAAAAUAAACAAGUGGGACUACAGCAAACUAAAAAGCUUCUGCACAGCAAAGGAAAUCAUCAACAAAACGA